GUUGUCGAUGAAUCGAUCUCCUCGGGCCGGACAACUCUCCCCCGCGCCUUGGACCUCGCAUCUCGCAUCUUGAUAUGGCGCAUCCCUGACCGACUCGUGCCUGGUACCUGGGCUAAACACGGACGAUAAGCAGCAUCGAGACAAAGACGACCUUCUCCCCCGCGCUGCAGUCUACGCAGUCUACGCCGGCUUGGGGAAGUCCAGAGAUGAAGUUGCAUGGAGCGACAGGGUUCCACUUCAGGGCUCACACGGGCAAUUAUUGAGACGGCGUCCUGAUUCCGUAUUUAUCUCGUCAUCCACCCCCCCCGAACAUGGCUUCCAUUUCCCAUUUCCCACUCUUCCUCUCUCCUUCGUUCCCCCUCCCUUUCUGCCCUUGGGGUACAACCUCACUCUUUUGCUCGUGAUCAAUCUUUUAUUGCCUUGCCUUCCAUUGUCAUUUCUGGCUUGUGGUUGCGGUUGCAAUUGUGGGUGUAACUGAGAGAUCUUUUCUCCCAACAUGAGGUUCCCUCUUAUAUCUCUCCUUGCGGGAGCUACCCUUCUCUCCGCGUCUCCCGUAGUUGAGAAGAAAUCCGAAGAUAACCUGGUCGUCGUUCGAGAUGUCCAUGUAGUCUACUCAGACUGCGAAGUCAUCACUCCCAAGGUCUUCAUUAUCUCCAUGUUCAGCCCAGAAGCAGAUAUCUGGUACACCAACGCCGAAACCCCUGGCUCAAUUGGCAACCUCCUCGCACGAAAUAUCACCGUACCCGGCUUCUCUCCCCUCUUCCCGCAGGCACACUGUCUUGCCGAUGGCUCCGUCUGCCAGCUGACAACCGGCGAGUCCGAAAUCAAUGCCGCUACCACCAUCAGCGCUCUGAUGCACUCGAAGCUAUUCGACCUUACCAAGACAUACUUCCUGAUCGCCGGAAUCGCAGGCAUCAACCCAAAGCAGGGCACCCUCGCUGAUGUUGCCCUGUCCAAAUACGCGGUUCAGGUCGCGCUGCAAUACGAGUUUGACGCACGAGAGAUCCCGGAGAAUUUCACCACGGGAUAUGUGCCGCAAGGCGCCUACGCACCGGACCAGUACCCUGGAAGCAUCUACGGAACCGAAGUCUUCGAGGUCAAUGAGGCACUGCGCGAUCUGGCCGUUGGCUUUGCAAAGACUGCCAAGCUGAACGAUUCCUCUGCGGCCCAAGCCUACCGUGCACAUUACGCGGAUGCCGGCGAGACGCGUUACGCUGCCGCCGUCAGAGCCCCGGGAAUCAUCACCUGCGAUACCGCGACCAGCGAUGUGUACUUCUCCGGAGAGCUCCUGGGUGAAGCCUUCGAGAACACGACGACGCUCUUCACGAACGGCUCGGCCGUGUACUGCAUGACGGCGCAGGAAGACAACGCAACGCUCGAGGCCAUGAUCCGAGCCGCCAUCCGCGGCACCGUCGACUUCGCGCGCAUCAUCCUCAUGCGCACGGCCUCGGACUUCGACCGCCCCUACCCAGGCCUCUCGGAUCUCGACAACUUGUUCUACGCCGACCAGGGCGGCUUCGUGCCCGCCGUCGAGAACAUCUACCUGGCCGGCACGCCCAUUAUCCAUGGCAUCCUGCGCGACUGGGACAAAGUCUUCGAGAAGGGCGUCAAGCCGACGAACUACAUCGGCGACAUCUUCGGGACGCUGGGCGGGACGCCGGAUUUUGGUCCCGGCGCGGCAGCCGGCUACCCGCUGUUCGGGAGUGGCGGGUAUGCUGAAGACGAGCAACCGAUGAAGAAGAGGAGCCGCAUGGAUGCGUAUCAGAAGAAGAUGCGAAGAUAGAGAGCUCAAAUGCUGAUUAAUUGGGGGAUGUGGGAGGGGACGAUAGUUAGCUCCAACAUAAUAUCCCUUGCGCGUCGAUAUCUUCAUCUUCAUCUUUAUUCUCUCAGCGUCGCCAUGUACCCCCGGCGGAGAUACCAUAUAAGGUACCUAUCUAUAUAUGGGCCAGCAGGCUUUUCUAUCUAUCUAUCUAUCUACAUACCAUAUCAUUAAUCCUUAGGAAGGAGAGAAGGAGGGAAGAAAAAAAAGAAAAAGAGAGAGACGGGAAAAAAAAGAAACUUGCCAGAUGGUAUAAUAUUUAUUUUAUAUGUAUGCAUGAUGGAUCGUUCUAAAAGCAAUAGAAGGCAGACAGAUAUACGUUAGAGAUACCUGAUUUGUGGUAUCAUGAGCAAGGGUAAGAUAGAGGGUUAUUUCGAUAUCUAGAAAGAAAAAAAUAUAGAAGUCGUUUGCUGG